AUGACGGCUUCAUCUAUGGCGCACACUGGAGGAAAGCACCACAGUGCAAAAGAGGAGAGGAAGAUUCGGAAGCCUCUAAUUGAAAGGAAACGCCGAGAGCGGAUAAACAAUUGUUUGGAUCAGUUGAAAGAGACCGUGAUCUGCGCCUUCAGACUUGAUCAAUCCAAACUGGAAAAAGCUGACAUACUUGAGAUGACAGUGAAACAUUUGCAAAAUAUCCAGAUGAAUAAACUCAAUGACCCUCUGGAGGCCCAGCAGAAAUACAGCAAAGGGUACCUCCAGUGCAUGCAUGAAGUACACAAUACACUCCUCACCUGUGAUUGGAUGGAUAAAACUCUUGGUUCCCGCCUGCUCAACCACCUCCUCAGAUCCUUACCAAGAUCUUCUGAAGAGCCCAUCCAACAGCCAGUAACUAGAAAUGAUGUCCCGACUCCGGUCAGUCAAGGCGGCAUACCUCCAAGCACAUCAACCAGAAGAGACACGAGGGAACAUCCCACCUACCAUGAGUCUGCAGUCAGCAGACGUCAAGAGAGAGCUGCACUCCAUGACUCCCACUUUAGGAUGCUGGAGAUGUGGCGGCCUUGGUGA